AUUAGUGGUAGUUAAACACUCUUGAUGAUGGGAGCGAGAGGGAAGAGUAAACAACCGUAGACAUAAGUAUAAUGACGAAUCUGUUGGCUCUGUGUCUUGUGUUAAGCACUUUACUUGCGGCGGAAGUAUGGUCUCCGAGCCCAGCCGUGUCCACCCACCAGACGACGACGCCGGAGGGAGACAUCAUCGUCAAAGACGGCCACCGCGUUGUGGUGGUUGAGUACGAUCGCGACGGCAAAACCAACACCAGAGUCUCGAUCUCGCCGCCGUCGGCAGAUCAAGGACAAGGAGAACAAAAACAAGAAGAAAAUGAGGAAACUACUCUGUUCAGGAAAGCGAAAGAGAGAGCGAAAGAAGCGGCGUCAUAUCUUCCAAACGUCGGCCAAGGGAUCUCGGAGGCGCGUGAUCACCACGCGACGGCUGGAGAAGUCAUAUGCGACGCGUUCGGUAAGUGCAGGCAGAAGAUCGCGAGUGUGGUUGGUCGGGCUAAAGAUCGAACCGGUGAUACCGUCGGUGAUGUCGGAGAGAAAAUCUCCGAUGCCGGGGACGCUGCUGCGGGUAAGGCUUACGACGUGAAGGAGACGGUUGCACGUGGGGCACGUGACGUGGAAGAAACGGUGGCUGAUAAAGCCCAAUAUGCUAAGGAGAAGGUAGCAGAAAAGGCCCAUGAUGUGAAGGAGAGUGUGUCACAUAAAGCCCAAGAUGCAAAAGAAAAGGUUACAGAGAAAGCCCAUAACGUGAAGGACACCGUGGCCCAUAAGGCUCACGAGUCGAAGGAGAGAGCGAAAGACAGAGUGAGAGAAAAGGCCCAGGAGUUGAAGGAGACGGCGGUUCACAAGUCCCGAAACGCGUGGGAGAGAGCUAAGACGGCGGCGCGUGGGUUUGGGUCAGCGACGGCGAAUGUGCUUAGUCCGAAGAAGGUAGCUAGCGUGGUGGGACUGACGGCGAUUGCGGCGGCGUUUGGGAGUUGCGUUUGGGUGACGUUUGUGUCGAGCUACGUGUUGGCUUCGGUGUUGGGGAGGCAACAGUUUGGGGUGGUGCAGAGCAAGCUGUAUCCUGUUUACUUCAAGACAACAUCGGUCGGAAUCUUGGUGGGUUUGCUUGGUCACGUGGUUAGCAGGCGGAUGAAACUACUAACUGACGCGACGGAGAUGUGGCAAGGCGUUAACCUCUUGGCUUCUUUCUUUAUGAUCGAGGCCAAUAAGUCAUUUGUUGAGCCACGUGCCACCAAGGCGAUGUUUGAGAGGAUGAAGGCGGAAAAGGAAGAAGGGAAAGGAGGAGGAGAGAGGACGAGUGAGCAAGAGGUGAGGCGGAAACUGGAAAAGCUAAGCGAGAGGCUGAGCAAGCUCAACACAUACUCCUCUUGGUUAAAUAUACUGACGCUCAUGUCUCUAACCUGGCACUUUGUUUAUCUCGGCCAGAGACUCGGCGCCGCUUGUUGAUGCAUGCCUUUGUGUUUUGUCUUAGUGAACCCUAACUUGUUCUGUUGUUGUUUUUGUUUUCACGGUAUCUAAGGUUUUCUGUUGGGUUGUCUAAUGUCAUAUGUAUAUAUCUUCUAAUGCCUAAACUUCUUGGUUAGAACUCUUGGUUCUUGCGUGUAUAUAUAUGAAU